UCCUUGUCUAGUUGUCAUAACAAUACAAAAUGAACAAGUCGAGAUCAAAUUUUAAGGUUAAGUUAAAAAGAUACUUUCAUUAUUUACUUGUAGUUAAAGAUGAUUUUAAUGAAUUACUGAAAUUAUUUUAUCAUAGCAACAAAAGUAUUAUAAUAAAGGUAUAAUUUUAUAAAAAUGGAGGAGCGAGAGAUAAAAAAUAAAUUCAAAACUUUGAAGAAUAGAAUAUCCCCAUUUGUUUUAAAAUCCUUGAAACGUUUGUCAUUCAAAUAUAUGACUGAUAUUCAAGAUGCAGUGUUACCUAAAGCUCUUGAAGGUGCAGAUGUUGUAGCAACAGCAAAAACAGGUUCUGGGAAAACUAUUGCUUUUCUUAUUCCAGCCAUAGAACAGGUCGUGAAGUGCAUUGAGAUUUCAGUGCAAGGAACAUGCUGUAUAAUCGUCUCACCCACACGGGAGCUAGCAAUGCAGACAUACAGUGUUCUGCAGGAGCUUAUAUCUGAACAGGAUACAAUUACUUCUGCUCUUGUCAUAGGAGGUGAAAGUAGGAAGAAACAGAGUGCUGAACUUUCACAAGGCGUGCACAUUGUUGUGGCAACACCGGGAAGACUAUUUGAUCACAUGAGAACAAAAGAGUUUGACUACAAGAAUGUGAGAUGUCUGGUUUUGGAUGAAGCUGAUAAGAUUUUUCAGUAUGGGUUUGAAGAGGAUGUGAAACAGAUAACAAGUCGCCUGCCAAAAAAUAGGCAAACGAUGCUAUUUAGUGCCACUCAGUCUGAGACUACAGAAGCUCUGAUAAAAUCUGCCAUGAAAGAGGAUGUGGUGAUCAUAAACACAAAUGAAGAUAAUUUAAAAGCUACAGUGGAUGGACUAAAACAAGGUUAUGUGAUAAUUCAAACCGAGUAUAGAAUGUGGUGGUUACACAAGCUGUUAAAGAAAACGCGAAACCAGAAGGUUAUGGUUUUUUUCUCCAGUUGCAAGUCAGCAGAGUACCAUUAUAAAUUUUUCUCCAACUUUUGCCACAUGCCUGUUCUGUGCAUACAUGGUAAAAUGAGCCAAGUCGACAGAACAGAAACAAUAUCUCAGUUCUACAAUGCAGAAAAAGGAGCUCUCUUCUGCACAGAUCUAGCGGCUCGAGGUUUGGACAUACCCGCUGUGGACUGGAUCGUGCAGUUUGAUCCACCCUCAGAUACUAAUGAAUACAUUCACAGAGUAGGGCGAACGGCAAGAGGUCUAGGCGCUGCUGGUAACGCAGUGUUGUUGCUAAGGCCUGAAGAAAAAGAUUUCGUCACCCAUUUGAAGGAUGCUAGGGUCUUCUUGGACAAGUACGAAACGUGGGACAACUACUGCAAUUUACAGCCUAAGCUGGAUGAAGCUUUGAAAAAUGAUCUCUUUCACCAAUUAGCUGUCGAGGCGUACGAAGGAUAUAUUAGAGCAUUUGAAGUGAAAAAGUUAAAAAAUGUGUUCAACCUUCUAACCAUGGAUCUGGAUGCUGUUGCCAGGUCGUUUGGUUUGAGCGAAAAACCUGAUGUUGACGUCCGAGUCGGGUUCAGUAAAAAGCAUAGACCACGAAAACAAAUUGCAGCAAUGCUUGCGAAUCAGACCACAUCCAAACGCGUCAAGAGAUAAAACGGAAUUUUGUAAUGUUGCCAGUAGUUUUUAGUGUAA